UUGACAACUUAAGUCACCGUAAUAAAAUUUAAAAAGACUAAUUUCUCAAAUUAAAUUUUAAAAAAUAGAGAUAAAAAUAAAAUUUGCCCUAGAAACAAUCAUGGACCCCACAAUCAUCAUCUAUUUUUCCUUCGAAAAAUAGCAUAAAGCAGCCCGUAUUAGAUCUGUGAACACUACGUUUUGCCUCUCGCCCUUCUGUCUCUUAAGCAAGAAACGCUACCCCAUCAACCAUUUUCACUCUCUUUGGCGUUUCUUGUUCUUGUUAGAAAACAACCAUGAGCUCCAUUAUACAGAGCUUUCGAAAGAGCCAAGGGCUUCCUGUCUCUCAAGCUGAAUCAAGAGAGCAGUUGCCAGGGUUACGAAGAAGGCUUUCCUCUCUGUCUCUCAAAUUGCAGCCUAUCUCUUCACCAGCAACUUCAUGGGCAUUCCAUAGAUCGAAAUCAUUGUCUUCCAUGGGAGAAUAUGCUGGAAGCUCCAUCAGGAAAUGGUGGGACUGGGGCUGGUCUUGGGUUCUCUCCAGAAAGCCCAUGUUUGCUCAAGACCUUGAAAUGAACGAAGAAGAAACUAGGAUUCUCGGCUGCCACAAUAAAGGCAGCUGGAGACAUGUUUUUUACAAGGUUAGGUCUGAGAUAAAAAAACUCGUGGGAUCUGACAAAGUUGGCCUCCCACAAACUUUCAGGUACGAUUCUUUAGAUUACUCCAAGAAUUUUGAUGAUGGAAAGAAAAUCUAUGGUUGAUUUGGAAUGCAUGAUAAAUGGAGGUGUUCAAAGAAAGCUCUAAAGGGGAGAUUAAUAAGCUUCUUUGCAGCCAGAUUCAGAUCAGAAGAGAGACGGUAGAACUCUGUGUUUUCUGUAUGGCUCUUGGUUUUUCUUUUUUGGGUUUCACCUUUCCUUUAUUAUUAUAAUGCAUAUGUUCAUUCGUGAAAAGAAACAAUGGCCUGUAAAUUGUAAUUAAAUUGUUCUGUCUGUUAUGCAAUGUGAUUUUGCUUGGAGGGGAAGAGUUAAAACACUUCAACUACUCGUUCGUUGAGAUGAAUCCACCUUACUCCACUACUUGCACUCUCCUCUGGCUGGUGGCCAACCACACUUACAAAUCUUCAUAAAUUCAACUUAAUUGGCCUUAUGGCUAUGAUGGUGCCAUUGAACAAAAAGAGAAGUCGCAGCAACAGGGUGGAUAAUGGAUUCACUGUAUUAGACAACAUCUAUUAGCUACAAAUACAGUUGUUGUUAUUUUUUUAUUUCAUUAUUUAUUUUUGCAGGUUCAAAAUCAGUGUUGUAUUUAUUUAUGUAAUGCAAUAUCGAAUUUUUCGUUCUUUUAGUCAUUUGCAAGAUAUAUUGUUCUAACAAUUCAGAUUAUUAAUGCAAAUAUCCUUAAAAAAAAUUAUAUUUAACAUGUUCAAAUCUCAGCUUAUAUAAUUCUUCUCCUAGUUAUAACUUUUUUUAGUAAAAAAAAAAAUUCUGAUAAGGAUCGAGGGAGAUCGGCUAUAGAAAUGAGGUAGUAACAAUUUGUAGUAGCAAUCAGGAAUUAAAAGGUGUAGUUUUACAGAGUUACACCAAAAUUUUGGGAGGCUUUCUCUACAAAAUGUCGGUGCCAGACACAAAGGUGCAAUUCCAAUCAUAGCCAGCGAGGAUAACAUGUUCUGGUAACAUACUCCAAGCCAGCAAAGCCCCCAUGAUUCAUGAGACAAACCAAAGCCUUCAUCCCACUGUUACAGAUAAUGAAAGACAUUUCCAACCAGUUACUUAGAUUCAAGCGCCAUUGAAAGUGUUGGUUUCCCGGGCAUCAAGUGACCUUGAAUCGUGCCGAAAACGUGUCGGUGCAUAAAUUUGGGUUUUGUCAAUUGAUUCUCUUUUUCUCAUAAGCUAUAAAGAUAAUAGAUGUAUCAUAAUUCUGUUUUGACCAGAACUUAUAAAGUCACAUGGAGGCCUCAUAUCACCGACGAAUUGAGACAAAUAUCCGUCGGUGAAAUCUCAAAUUUGUGUUGGGAGUAUCCACCGAUAUAAGACAAAUUUGGGUUCAAGGAAUAUAGAUUUUUGGUUAGGCUCGGCAGGACAUUGGUUGUGGUCCCUCCGUCUCUCCAAAAUGAAAGAGACAGGGGAAAAAGGAAAAGACAGCGAUCGUAUGUUGUCCUUAAAUCUUUUGGCCGCAAUGAAGCUGCACAUGUGCUACAUGGUGUCUGCUGCCUAAUAGUUUGAUAUUUAGUUCAUGC